AUUCGACCGAGACAGUCAGAAAAUGAUUCACCUACCCCGUAAAUGGUGAACGAGGAAAAGACAUAUGACCGUGUGCAAUUCCUACGUUGUCCAGAUGAGGGGAGUCCAGCCAGCCAAGUAAACACAGAGCAAACCUAUGGAGAGGUGAACCAGUUAGGCGGCGUGUUCGUCAAUGGGAGACCUUUGCCAAAUGCCAUACGGUUAAGAAUAGUGGAGCUGGCUCAGCUCGGGAUUAGACCCUGUGAUAUAAGUCGGCAGCUCCGCGUCUCUCACGGCUGCGUCAGCAAGAUUUUAGCGAGAUACAACGAGACGGGCUCCAUCUUACCCGGUGCCAUUGGUGGGAGCAAACCUCGGGUCACGACGCCUAACGUGGUGAAGAAUAUCAGGGAAUACAAACAAGGCGACCCCGGGAUCUUUGCCUGGGAGAUCCGGGACAGGCUGUUAGCAGACGGAGUUUGUGACAAGUACAACGUCCCUUCGGUUAGUUCGAUCAGCAGGAUUUUACGCAACAAGAUUGGAAAUCUCUCCCAGCCUAACCAGUACGAGAACAGCAAGCAGGCCUCCGCGCAGGCCGGACUCUCCUACAACCACAUAUACCCAUAUUCCUACCCCAACACAAUGUCGCCCACUGGCACUAAAAUGGGCAGCCCACCGGUGACAGCUGGACAUAUGAGCAUGAGGGCAUGGCCUUCUGCACACACCGUCAGCAACAUCCUCGGGAUUCGCGCAUUCAUGGAUCCAGCAGCCAUUGCGGGGACUGAGGGAUACGCACCAAAGAUGGAGGAGUGGAGCAGCGUCAACAGAGCAGCGUUUCCCGCAGGACACACAGUCAACGGGAUUGACAAAUCAGCCAUUGACGCCGACAUAAAAUACGCUCAGCCUUCCUCCACACUGUCCAGUUACGUGUCGGCGUGCGCGUACUCUCCCACCAACCAGUACGGGGUGUACAGCGGGCCUGCGGGCGGCUACGUGGCCCCAGGCCACCACCACUGGCAAGCUCAGAGUCAAGCCUUGUCACACCCGGGUGGAGGGAUGAGUAUGCAUGCAGGGGAGAUCCACUCACCGAUGACCUUCAAGCACCAGGCACGAGAAGGAGACAGAAAGCCGCCCAGUCCUCUGACCAAACAACAACAUGAAGACUUGAACAGUGUGCACGGACUCAGUCUCCCUACCUCAACAUCAUAACCAGGACUUAUACCACCUUAAAAACACCAUCCAUUAAACUGAACUCAUUUCAACAACUCCAACAGUAAGUGUGAACACUACCGGCUUGUUUUCGAGAGUGUGUGUAGCUGACAGUCACACAUAGGCCUGUUCACGUGCAUUAUGAAUACAGUAGAGCUCUAUCGGCCUGCAUGGCCACAUGAAUGUAAACUUGCAUGGAUGUAUCCCCUCAUUGGUGUUUCCCCUAAUUGGUUGAUACUGUAGUUUAUUCUCUCCAUUCAGCUAUUCCAUGCAUUUCGUGCAUUCUCGUAUGGAGAACAGGAUUAAAAAAAAACAAAAAAGGGUUUAUCAAUCAGUUCUGUUGUUUUAUUUGAAAACUAAGUGCUAUUCUGUAAUCCGCCAAAUAUGACUUGUUUAUAUGAUCUCGACUCUCAGUAACUCAACGAUGUGAACAAAUAGAUUAAUUGUCUAAAUGUAAAAUAUUUG